GGGGCUCGGUGCGCGUGGCCGGCCGGGCUUGGCUUGCGGGCGACCGAGGAGUGCGGCCCGGCCCGGGACCCGCGGGUUCUGCGGGGAAAGGAUUGUUCUUUGGGGAGUGGCGCUUAUUGGCCGCCACUGUCCUAGUUUUAAAGCCUUGCCUUUGGGGUUUUCUGCACAGAUUGCAGCUUUCUGCUGGGGUUUUGGGAUGUCAGAGCGUUUUAGUGCUGGGUGUCAAAGGUGACCCAUGGUGUGGUCGUGAGGAGCCCCUGCAGCACCUGCUGGGCUGUGGCAGAGGAGGCUGUGUCUGGGGUGGGACGGAGAAACGAAACGUGACUGAGAUCCUGUUUGGAUAUUCUGCUGAAGUUGUCACGUUUCUGUCCAGUACAGCAGUUCACACAGCAAGUUGAUAAACCCAGUUGUAGUAUUCGGUGAUGUAAGGUGUUUGCCUCACAAGUAGACAUGGGGUGAUGUGGCUUGGCUGAGAAUGUUUGGGAUAUCCCAAGCAUCUGUCUCCAGCGUAUCUCCUUGGCUGGCUCAUCUUUUUCUCUAUUCUAGUAUGGGAAUAAUGUUGCGGUAUCACAGGCCUGAUACCGAGAAGUGUUUUCAAAAGAGCACAGGUCCAGGUGGGCAGGUAGGUAGGCUGGGAGAAUAGCCCUUGAAAACCAGGUGCCCGCAUGGUUUUUUAGUUGUGAUGCCUUAGAUUGAAAGAAAGCCAUAGAUGAUGGCAUCAAUAAGGUUUGUGGUUCGAAUUCUCUUAAAGCAUAUUUGAGCGGAAACACUAUCACAUAAAGCAAUCUUAUGAUCAUUCGUAUGUAUCUUUUGAGGUGUCUUGGAUUUUUAUCGCUGGGGUCUAUUUUAAAUGAAACACAUAUAUUUGUGUUCUCCUUUAUCUUGAAGACAACCCUGAGUCCUGCUUUCUAGAAGUUCCGAGAGCUCACGUGUCUGUUCUGUCUGUCAGUGCUGGGACAUCUUUACGUUUAGCACUUCCUAUUUUAGUCGCUGUGGGAACUCCUGGGAAGAGCACAGGCUGCCUUUCACCUCCGUGUUUGCCCACUGUGCCCGACUUUACCGCUCAAAUUCUGUUCAUGCUUCCAGGAGUAAAGAGCCAUUUAUCAGGUUCUUACUCUGCUGGAAGGCCGCACAGUGACUUCAGAACUCCGUUCCUUUUCACUGCCCGUCAGCCCGUUUUACCUAUGCUGUGUUUACUUUUGCGAAGGCCAUAAUAGCCCAUUUUAGUGGAAACUGAGGGGAAGUGGAAUUUCAUGUUUGUUUGUUUUUAAUUUGACUCUGACAACAAUUUCGCUGGAGAGUGUGAAUGCUUCUGAUUUGAUACUUUAGAAAUUUCCUAACUUCUUGUAAAAGUCUUUCUACUGUUCUGCCUUCAUCUCCUUCCUUCUAGCCCACAUGGUUGAGAGAGGGGGAGGAAGAGAAAAAAAAAAUCCAUCUCUGCUUUAGUUGUCGCAUAUAGACGGUUGCAUGGGAGAAGGACUUUUGCUCCGGGGGGCGUCUCAGUCUACAGCAGCAAGUCUUCCUGGUUCCUGGGCUCCUGACGGACCCGUGCUGGAGCAGAUGGAUAAUGGAGACUGGGGCUAUAUGAUGACUGACCCAGUCACGUUGAAUGUAGGCGGACACUUGUACACGACGUCCCUUACCACAUUGACACGUUACCCAGAUUCCAUGCUUGGAGCUAUGUUUGGGGGGGACUUCCCCACAGCCCGAGACCCGCAAGGCAAUUACUUCAUCGAUCGAGAUGGACCUCUUUUCCGCUAUGUCCUCAACUUCUUACGGACUUCAGAAUUGACCCUCCCCCUGGAUUUUAAGGAAUUUGAUCUUCUUCGGAAAGAAGCUGACUUUUACCAGAUUGAACCCUUGAUUCAGUGUCUCAAUGACCCUAAGCCUUUGUAUCCUAUGGAUACUUUUGAAGAAGUUGUAGAGCUGUCUAGUACUCGGAAGCUUUCUAAAUAUUCCAAUCCUGUGGCUGUCAUCAUAACCCAGUUAACCAUCACCACCAAGGUCCAUUCCCUACUAGAAGGCAUCUCAAAUUAUUUCACCAAGUGGAAUAAGCACAUGAUGGACACCAGAGACUGCCAGGUUUCCUUCACCUUUGGACCAUGCGAUUAUCACCAGGAAGUUUCUCUCCGGGUCCACCUGAUGGAAUACAUUACAAAGCAAGGUUUCACAAUCCGCAAUACUCGGGUGCAUCACAUGAGCGAGCGGGCCAACGAGAACACGGUAGAGCACAACUGGACUUUCUGUAGACUGGCCCGGAAAACAGACGACUGAUUGCCAGUGCUGGGGAGGACUUCCUGUAAGCUCACGUUUGUCUGGGGACGUGGAAGAGACUGUUCUUGUUUUCUAAAUCAUAGUGUACCCCCUUUUUAAUAUUUGUAUUUAUUUGAAGGCCUCGAGGACCAGAAGGAAGUUCCGUGUGUGAGCAGCCUUCUUGUUUUGUUCCAAAUAUGCAUGUGCCUGUUCAGAGUCUCCAGAAACCUUUUUUAUAAAAAGAGAGCUUGAAAAUCAUUAUGAUAUAUAAUCUACCCUUAACAGUGCUAAAAUGAUUUCUGGUAACGUGGUCCCUAACUCAACUGGAAGGCUAAAAAUACAGUAAUGAAAUAUUAAGCAGAGUAUUCAUGUCUUUGAGGAAAAUCAGAAUAUCAUGUAGGGUGACCUCGAUUCCAGACCAAUAGGCAGUAGUGUAUUAAAGGAAGACUGGCCAAUCAUCUGCCGAUCCUUGUAAGGACUGUUUCUUUCUAUGCAUAUAAAUCAAGCAACCAAAUAUCUGUAGCCAUUGAAAUGUCUGACUAGAAAUAUUUAUAUUGGAUUCUCAAUACAAAAUAUCCCUGUGGUAGAAACCUUAUGCCUGGUACAGUUUCAUUCCCAAGUGUACUGUCGACCAGGAAAGAAAAAUCUAAUAAAAAAUGGAGUAUGAA